CUCCCCUCUCCCUCCUCCCCCUCCCCCCCCCUCCCCUGCCCAACGCCCCUGCAUACGGGCACGCGGUGACAUGUUUUCCUCCGUUCUGUCUCUGGCUACCCGGUCCGCUGGCGCGAGUGUCCGCACCGGCUUCGCGGCCCGCUCCUCGCUCAUGCGGUCCUUCGCCAGCGAGGCCCAGGACCCCCGUCUCACCGAGGAGCGCUUUUCCGACACGGCCGAUGUGGUCAUUGUUGGCGGUGGCCCGGCCGGUCUCUCGGCCGCUAUCCGCCUGAAGCAGCUUGCCCAGGAGUCCGGCAAGGACCUGCGCGUGUGCCUCUUCGAGAAGGGCGGCGAGGUCGGCGCCCACAUUCUCUCGGGUGCUGUCUUCGAGCCGACCGCUCUCAAUGAGCUGAUCCCCGACUGGAAGGCCAAGGGGGCUCCUCUCAAUACCCCGGUCACCAGUGACCACAUGUACUUCAUGACCGACAACAACAAGUUCCCCCUGCCCCUGCCCAGCACGCUGGACAACCACGGGAACUACAUCAUCUCCCUGGGCAACCUGACUCGCUGGCUUGGCGAGCAGGCCGAGGAGCUCGGUGUCGAGAUCUACCCCGGGUUUGCCGCCUCCGAGGUCCUGUAUGACGAGACUGGCACCGGCAUCCGGGGCAUUGCCACCAACGAUGUGGGCAUCGGCAAGGAUGGCAAGCCGAAGGACAACUUCCAGCGCGGCAUGGAGUUCCGCGCCCGUGCGACCCUCAUCUCCGAGGGCUGCCAUGGCAGCCUGUCCAAGCAGCUCAUUCGCAACUUCGACCUGCGCAAGGACGCCCAGCCGCAGACCUACGGCAUUGGUCUGAAGGAGAUUUGGGAGAUCGACCCGGCCAAGCACGAGCUCGGCAAGGUGGUCCACGCCUCGGGCUUCCCCCUGUCCAAUGACACCUACGGCGGGUCCUUCAUGUACCAUGGCGAGAACAACACCGUCUCCCUGGGCCUGGUGGUCGGCCUGGACUAUGAGAAUCCCUACCUGUCGCCGUACAAGGAGUUCCAGCGUAUGAAGCUGCACCCGCUCUUCCGCGAGGUCCUCGAGGGCGGCCGGUGCGUCAUGUACGGCGCACGCGCCCUCAAUGAGGGCGGCAUUCAGUCCCUGCCGAAGCUGCACUUCCCUGGUGGCAUGCUGCUUGGCUGCUCGGCCGGCUUCCUCAACAUGGCCAAGAUCAAGGGCUCGCACACGGCCAUGAAGAGUGGCAUGCUGGCGGCCGAGUCGGUUUUCGAGGUCCUGGACCAGGAGUCCCCGAUUGAGGAGGGCGCCGAGGACACCCAGCCCCCGCGCGACUUCUCCCUCUACGCCGACAAGGUUCGCAAGUCCUGGCUCUGGGACGAGCUGUACGCCAUCCGCAAUGUGCGCCCCGGUUUCUCGCACCUCGGCGGCCUGGCCGGCAUGGUCUGGGCCGGGACCACGCUCAUGGUCACCGGCGGUGCCGAGCCCUUCACCCUCCCGCACCCGGGGCCGGACCAUGCGCAUCUGAAGCCGGCCAAGGACUGCCAGCCCAUCGAGUACCCCAAGGCCGACGGGGUGCUGACCUUCGACCUGCUGGAGAACCUCAUGCGCUCUGGCACCAAUCACGAGCAUGACCAGCCCUCGCACCUGACCCUCAAGAACGCCAAUGUCCCGGUGGAUGUCAACCUCCGGGUGUAUGGCGGCCCGGAGGCCCGGUUCUGCCCGGCUGGCGUUUAUGAGUUUGUCGAUGUGGAUCCUGCCAGCCCGGAGCCCCUGACCAAGGCCGAGCGCGAGUUCGGCAAGCGCCUGCAGAUCAACGCCCAGAACUGCCUCCAUUGCAAGACCUGCGACAUCAAGGACCCGAGCCAGAACAUCAACUGGGUCGUGCCCGAGGGCGGUGGUGGCCCGGCGUACACCAACUCCUAAAGGGGCCCGACGAAGGGGGCCCACCGGCGUCUGGGGGGGGGGGGGGGCGUG